AAAAAUCCCCAUAAAAUCAAUCAUGGAGAGUACAUCCCCCCAAUUCCCAGUCGAUGCCACCACUCUCCUCCCUCCCGCCCCCACUCUCGAAGAAUCCAUCUCCGAAGAACUUCUAACCCUUCUUCUUAAGUCAAGAGAGAAAUUCACGGAAGGAAUUACCCUCUUCAGUGACGAAAAGUGGGAACUCAAGAAAGAUAAGGAAGAAGCCAAGCUUUGGACUAAGAAAGCAGAGGAAGGAGGAGUUAAGUUGUUUAGAAGAGAAGCUGUGAUUGAGAAGUCAGCAGAGGUUGUGGAUGAGUGGCUGAGUGAUCAGGAAAAUGUGCUAGAGAGGGUAGCGAAUAAUAAUAAGUUGAAGCAUAGUGAUGUUGUGAAGAAGUUUAAUGAAGAUGCAAAGCUUAUUAGAAGGGAAAUCAAAGGAAAUCUUUUGGUCACUAAUAGAGAUAUGUGCCUGUUUUGGAACAGACUGAAUCUCACAGAUGGAUCUAUAGCCCACGUUAUGUUCUCAAUAGAGCAUGAGGAUAUCCCUAAGACUAAAUGCGUCAGAGCGGAGGCCAAGAUCAACCUCCUCAUUUUGAAGCCGAUCUCAGAUGAAAGUUGCAUGCUAUCAAACAUAGGCAAGGUAGAUCCGAAAGGAAGUAUCCCAACUGCGUUUGUUAACAAGAUGCUUGUAAAGCAAUACGAUGAUUUGCUCAAAUUGAAGAAAUCUGUUGAAGCAUAGAGUUUGAAAUAGUGGCUAAAAGAUUUUGUUCAA